AUGUUAAGAAAAUAUUCUGAUUCUGUAACAUCAUUACGUCGUAAAGUUAAUAACAACAAUACAAAUGUGAAUGAAAAUGUACUGAAGCCAUCGCAUAAUAUAUUAGUUACUAGUAGCUUUAACCCAAAUAAAAAUACGAAAUUAUUUAUUAGAGAGCUAUGUUAUAUAUUACCUAACGCUCAAAAAAUUAAUAGAGGAAGAUUAUCUCAAUGUGAUUUGAUUCAGUUAUGUAACGAAAAUAACGUUCAAAUUUUAAUUGAAAUAUCUGGUAAAAAUAUAGAGGGUAAUCCUAGUACUAUGAAAUUGAAAUUACGUCCAAUUUCAGCUAAUGACGCACUUAUAUUAGAUGGUUUUCCUAUGGAAAAAAAACCUUAUAAUAUUAUCUUACCAAUAAUUGCUAAUAUUUUUAACACACAAAAAACACAGCCACGAAAUUAUUUAGGAUUAUUUUUACGUAAUAAUUAUUCUAUAUUUGUUCGAGCAUAUUAUCUAUCAGAUGAAAAAAAAAACUUUGAUAUUAGUAAGAUUAUCGAAAACGGACCUUUAUUUGUGCUUACGCCAAUUAAAAUAAUUUCUACAAUUUCAAAAACUAGUUAUCAAGAUAUAGCAUGGGCUAACACACAGUUUUUUUAA